UGCAUAUGAAGUUAUUAAAAGGAGAAGUGGUGGAAGAGGUGGGGAGUAGCUGAGGAGGCGAGGGAGGGACUAUAAACUGCAAAAGUUGGUAAGAAAUUCCACCACAUCGUCGUCUUCGCUUCUUAUCGCACGUUACUCUCAAAGGAAAUUGAUCCUCAUCAGCCAUGGCUGUGGAGGGGGGAGCCAAAUGUGUCAAGUUCCUUCUUUUCUUUUUCAACUUCAUUUUCUGGUUAUGUGGCUUAGCAUUGAUUGUCGUGGGAAUCCUGGUUCAAGUGGCUUUGCAUAAAACCUUCAUGAUCCGAGAUGCGUCAGCCUCGGGAGCUCCCAUCGUCCUCAUCGGAGUUGGUGUGGUGAUUUUCUUCAUCGCCUUCUUCGGCUGCUGUGGUGCCUGGAAAGAGAACUACUGCAUGGUCACCACGUUUGCCGUCUUUCUCUCACUGAUCAUCAUUGUUGAGAUUGCUGCAGCAAUCGCCGGCUACAUCUUCAGGAACAAACUCUCAACUGUGGUCCAGGAUAGUCUCACUGAAAUGAUUUCCAGUUACAACAACGGGACAGCUGAAUUCAAAGACACUGUGGACAAACUGCAGGAGGAUCUGAAAUGCUGUGGCGUGAACAGUUCUGCCGACUGGAGAAACUUCAGACCCGAAGGGAACUCUGUGCCAGACUCAUGCUGUGUCAAUGUCACUAAAAACUGCGGACUCGGGACCAUGACAGACGCUGCCAAAGUUCACCAGAAGGGUUGUCAUGAUGCUGUGGAGGCUUUACUGAAGAAGAACAUCCAGUGGGUCAUUGUUGCAGCUCUUGUUAUUGCCUUCCUGCAGAUAAUGGGCGUUGUGUUCGCCUGCGUCUUGAUGAGAGGCAUCCGCAGCGGCUACGAAGUCAUGUGAUUCAGAUUCACACCUGAGAGGGAGUUGGCUGUUUAGAUCCCCACUUACCGGGACCUUCAUUUCAAAACUUUUAAUGUUCAUCUUAUACUUUGGACACAAUGCACAGAACUAUGUAUUUUCCCUUCUACUGAUUUUGGAUUUUAUUUUCAUAGGUCAACAAUGUCUCUGCUUUGAGAAUGUAUAAGCAUAGAAGUUCUAAUUCAUAGAAAAGAUUAACAUCCACUUUAAUGUUUGUUUCCUGUAAUUCGGGCCUCUUCUACUUUCGCAGUUCUGUUAAGAGAUUUGAGAUCCUAUUUGGGUGCCAAUUUUUUUUAAGUUUUGCUGGUUUUUAUCGUUAUUAAACACUCUUUAAAUUACA